AUGGCCGAACAAGUUGUCACAGUGAAAGCAAGGAUUGGAACUGGCAAGAAGAUGCGAAUAAAGAAUGUUGAGCUUGAUCUCUCAAAGAUCAAGUCUUUGUUUCACCUUCGCCAAGAGGAAGCAGCUAAGACCCUGUGUGUAUCAUUAACAAGCCUCAAAGUAGCUUGCCGGAGGCUCGGAAUCAACCGAUGGCCGUACGAGAGAGUCUUCACGUCUUCCGCGUCCAACGCUCAACCAUCGUCUUCGAAACCUCAGGACAGUUCGGGGGAAGGACCCCAGCGGGCAGAGGCGCAGUCACUGAUGCGAUCUACCUCGGAGAUGGGCGACUCCUUCACGAUGGAUUCUUGUCCGUCCUCUUCCUACUGUAGCCCGCAAGAGGAGUUGGAGGAACGUGAAGAGGCCUCGAGCAUGUUGGAAGAGGAAGGGAAAGAGGAAGAGGAAGAAGUGGAAGUCGGGCCAUGUUCAGUGCCUAGUCAGCUCGUUACCAAUCCCACGUGCACCACCGCGAUUGACUCAGAGUGGUUAGAUUGGUACAUCUCUUGUAAUGACGACAAUCUCAUCUUCCCAGACUGUCACGUUCUGUUGUAG